UUGAGCACGAAUAGGGUGACGAGCGUUUGCUUAGCUAGAGACAUCCACUGACUUCUGAGAUCAUUACAGAAAUGCUGAUGUGAGCUCUUCGGGAGACAAUGGGGAGAAAAUGGACAUACUGUGCGGUUUACUCCAUCAUCCAGAUACAAUUUUUCAGGGGCAUAUGGGAAGAAAGAGUCAACGCGGGAGAAACCAUAUAUUCUUCACCUGGAUCUGACGUCAACUUGACCUGCCAAACAACAAAGGAGAAAGAAUUCUUGGUACAGGCACAGUGGUCUAAGGUCACUGAUAAAAACGAUCCCAUCGUGGUUUUUCACCCUCAGUACGGCUUCCACUAUGCUCAGGGGCAUGCCCGUGGGGCACAGGUGGCUUUUAUCAAUAUUCAGAGGAAUGUAACAGAAUGGACUCUGUCCUUAAAGAAUACCUCUGCCACCUUCAGUGGACAGUAUGAGUGCAGCUUUACUGUGUAUCCAGAAGGUAUCCAGACUACCGUCUACAACCUCAUUGUGGCACCUUUUACACAAGAGGAACACAACUAUACAAUAGAAACAGAGACGAAUUGGACUCUGGAAAUACCAUGCUUUCAAAAUACCUCCUCAGAAAUUUCACCUGGGUUCACCUUUUCAUGGUUGGUGGAGAAAGAUGGAGUCCAGGAAGUUCUCCUCACCCACGAUGACCACAUCUGCAAUUCCACAUCAUUUAAAGGCAGAGUCAAGCUGGGGGCAGACUUUGGACUCCACCUCUCCCCGGUCCAAAUCCAAGAUGACGGCUUGACAUUCUCUUGCCAGCUGAGAGUCACUCCUCUUGAAGUCUGGAAGACCUCCACUACAGUCAAGGUUUUUGCUAAGCCAGAAAUCCUCAUGAUGAUGGAAAACGGCACCAUGGAUGUCUUAGGAGAGAGAGUAUUUACCUGCCUACUGAAGAAGGUGUUCCCCAGAGCAAACAUCACCUGGUUAAUAGACGGAAGAUUUCUUCAAGGCAAUGAAGAAGGAAUAUACAUUACGAAUGAUAAGAAGACUGACAGAAGUGGAUUUUGGGAAGUAAAGUCAGUUUUAACAAGGAUGCAUGGUAACAGACCAGCACAAUCAAACAACGUGACAGUUCAGUGUAUGGCUCUGUCCCCUGGCCCCAGAAACAAAAUGUGGAAUAUCUCAUCACAGGCCAUCAUGCUUCCCUCGGCCAGCAAUUCCAGCAUGACGACUAAAGGCCUCAACUAUGUCCAGACAUCCAGUGGAACAGACAGCAAAAACUCAGAUUCAUUGAUACCCAGUGAGAUUCACACUUCAGUCCCCUCAGAAGCAAGCUUGGCUCCACACGAUGUCAUCUCUAGCACAACCAAAGGAUUUCCAGAUGUCGCUACAACGGCAAGAGGAAUGACUAAAAAUGACCACAACUAUAUCACCAGUAUCACUGUUAAUAAGCCCAGAGAUGGAAUGUCUUGGCCUGUGGUUGUAGCAGCUUUGCUCCUUUUCUGUGCAAUAUUGUUCAUGCUAGGAGUAAGAAAAUGGUGUCAGUAUCAAAAAGAAAUCAUGGAAAGACCCCCACCUUUCAAGCCACCACCGCCUCCCAUCAAGUACACGUGCAUUCAAGAGUCCACUGGACAUGACCUGCCCUGUCAUGAGAUGGAGACACUCUGAGCUUCUGAGGUUUGCCAUGCAGUAGAGCGUUUCUGCCAUCCUAUUGAAAGCUAGAUAUUGUUCUGUAUUACUGUCAUCACCAGCCAGCUGAGCCUCGGCUGCAGCUCAAAUGACUGUGGGAAAUAA